AUGUCAUGGACAGCAGAUCCACAAGCAUUAGAACAAUUGAAACAUAUUUUUAAAGGUACCUUAUCGAGUAAUAAUGAAGAAAGAAGAUUGGCUAAUGAAGCAUUAAUUGAAGCUAAACAGCAACCAGAAAUUGAGAAUUAUUUAUUUGAUUUAUUAAUUAGUGAAGAUAAUAAUACUACCAAUGGUUCAAAUACUGGUAAUGGUAUUAUUUCUACCCGAUCUGAUGUUCGUGCUGCAGCAGGGAUCAAUUUAAAGAACAAUAUCUUGAAAAAUCGUACUUUAGAUCGUACUUAUUUAAUGAAUAAUAUCAUGAAAGGUUUAAUGUCUUCUGAAUCAUUAGUUAGAAAUAUUACUGGGAAUGUCAUUACUUCAAUGUUUUCAAUUUAUGGAUUAGAUCAUUGGUCUUCAGCUUUAAGUGAUUUAUUAAAUAUAAUUCAACAACCUCCAAUUAAUGGGAAGUAUAUUUAUCAAGAAGCUGCUAUGAGUGCAUUAAGUAAGAUUUGUGAAGAUUCAUAUUUGGAAUUAGAUCGUGAUUUUAAUAAUGAAAGACCAUUGAAUUUCUUGAUGAAUGAAUUUUUAAAAUUAAUUGAACAACAUCCAAGUUUCAAAAUAAAAUCAGGUUCAAUCCAUUGUAUAAAUCAAUUUAUUCCUUUGAAUACUCAAAGUUUUUUGGUAGUAUUGGAUAAUUAUUUAAGUAGUAUUUUCAAUUUGGCUGGAAAUGAUAAUGGUCAACAAAAUGAUGAAAUUAGAAAGAAUAUCUGUACUUCAUUUUUAUUAAUUGUUGAAACUAGACCUGAUAAAUUAUUACCUCAUUUAGAUGGGGUUAUUAAUUAUUGUUUACAUUUAAUGCAACAAGACACAAGUGCUGAAGUUUCUUUAGAAGCUUGUGAAUUCAUGUUGGCUUUAGCUACUAAUAAUAAAGAAUUGAAUGCUUUCAAUCCUGAGAAAUUGAAAUUGAUUUUACCUAUUUUAUUGGAUAAAAUGGCUUAUUCAGAAGAAGAGAUUUUCCUUAUUGAAAUUGCCGAUUCAAAAGAUGAUGCUCACGUGGUUGAUAAAGAUGAAGAUAUUAAACCAACUAAUGCAAAGUCAAAGGAUACAAGAAAUGGUAACCUAAGUAAUGGAAAUAAUAAUAACAACAAUAAUAAUACUACCAAUCAACAAUUAGAACCUGAUUCAGAUUCAGAUGAUGACGACGAAGAUGACGAUGGAGAAUUACAACAUUGGAGUUUAAGAAAAUGUGCUGCUGCUACAUUAGAUGUUUUAAGUGAAUCAUUACCUGGUGAUGUUUUAAUGGUUACAUUGCCAAUAUUACAAGAAAAGAUUGUUUCUCCCCAUUGGCCGAUUCGUGAAGCAGCUAUAUUAGCAUUUGGUGCUAUGAGUGCAAGUUGUAUUGAAUUAGCUAGUGAUAAAUUACCUUCUUUAGUUCCAUUUUUAGUUGAUAGAUUACAAGAUACCGAACCAAGAGUUCGUCAAAUUACAUGUUGGACAUUAUCAAGGUAUUCAACUUGGGUAAGCGAUGAAGCUCAUGAAGGUGGGGAAUAUGCCAAUUAUUUCCAACCUACUUUCCAAUCAAUUGUUACAUGUGCAUUAGAUUCUAAAAAAAUUGUCCAAGAAGCUGCAUGUUCAGCAUUAUCUUCAUUUAUCGAAGAAAGUGAUUCUUCAUUAAUUGAAUUUUAUUUAUUACCAUUAUUGGAACAUUUCUCCAAAUGUUUCCAAGUUUAUCAACGUAAGAAUAUAAUCAUCUUGUAUGAUUGUGUUCAAACAUUUGUUGAAAAAAUGGGAUAUGAAAAUUUAUCAAAAAAUCCAGAAUAUGCUAAUAUUUUAUUACCUCCAUUGUUAACUAAAUGGCAAGAAUUAGAUGAUGAAGAUACUGCCCUUUGGCCAUUAUUAGAAUGUAUGGCAUCAAUUGCAUCUUCAUUAAGAGAAAUAUUUGCUCCAUAUGCUGUCCCAGUUUAUGAUCGUGCCCUUAAAAUCUUAUCAAACUGCAUAUUAUUAGAUCAAGAAUGUCAAACGGAUCCAGGUAUUGAUCCACCAGAAAAGGAUUUCAUGGUCACUUCAUUAGAUUUAGUUGAUGGAUUAAUUCAAGGAUUUGAAUAUCAUUCAGUUGAUUUAAUUAAUCAGAAUAAAAAAUCCAAUUUAAUUGAAUUAUUAUUGAUUUGUUUUGAAGAUUAUAAUGGUGAUGUUAGACAAUCUGCUUAUGCAUUAUUGGGAGAUUUAGCCAUAUUUGCCAUUGAUUUAUUGAAACCAUAUUUAAGACAAAUAUUCAUUAGUAUUGGCAAUGAAAUUAAUAAUAGAACUUAUGAAACUUACCCAAUUUAUAAUAAUGCCAUUUGGUCAUUAGGAGAAAUGUCAAUUCGAUUAUCAAAAGAGGAAAUUCAAGAAUAUAUUAGUAAUUUCCUUGAUUUAUUAAUUCCUGUUAUUAAUAGUUAUGAUAUUCAAUCUACAGUUAUUGAAAAUGCAGCUAUUUGUUUAGGUAGAAUGGGAAUUAAUACACCAGAUUUAGUAUCAUCAAGAAUAAUUGAAUUUAUUCAAUCAUGGUGUUCGAAAUUUUUAUAUUUGAUUGAUAAUAAUGAAGAAAAAGAAUCAAGUUUUAGAGGUAUGAUAAAUAUGAUUAAUUUGAAUCCUGAUAAUGGAUUCGGAGGAAUUUCAACUCAACAAGGUAAAAAGAAUUUAGCAGGAUUUUUAACUUGUAUUGGUAAUUAUCAAGAUUGUCCAAAUGAUUUACAAUCAAGUUUUAUUGAAUUAAUUAAUAAUUAUAAGCAAUUACUUGGUAAUGAUUCAUGGAAUCAAGUGUUAAAUUUCAUUAGUGAUCACGAUAUUAGAAAUCGUUUGAAUAGUAUAUAG